UAUGGAUUUAUUUUUUAUAAAGCCGCAACACCAAAAAUACUUAAAUGCAACAAAGAGCAAAUAGGAAGCUACAGCUAGGCCGCUAACUAAAUUACGAAAAUUAAAAGGACGACGAAACGCACACAUUUAUAGAUACACACAUACUAUAUAAUAAAUAAAUGAAGUAAGCAGCGUUUGGGUUUCUUACGUAGCGCGUCUUGACGUAACUUUCGGCACACGUCAAGGCAAGCGAACCCAACCAACACGGGCCCCCUCGCAGGCGCACAUGCCUACGCCUAUGCCACGCCCCAAAAAAUAACAAAACGGCUGACAGCUAAAGCAAGCAACAGCAGUCGAAAUAACGGUAACACCACAACGCCUUAACUUGAGUCACAAAACCGCAAAAAAUUCGUUGCGUUCAUUAAACUUUCACGAGACCACGAGACCAACAACUAUAUAGAGGAACUCAAAUAAAAGCAUAGCAUACAUUUGGGAUGCAAAAGCAACGCAGCAGCAGCAGCAGCAGCAACAUAAUAAUAAAAGCCUAAGCUAAAACUUAUCAUAGCUAUUCCUUGUGAUAUUCCAAGCAUAUAAUAAGAAGAAGAACGAGAGAAGUCAUUUAUAUACAUACAUAUAGAUUUAUAUAAGUGAGCUGCCUUCCCCCACCAUACUUCAGUUCGCCUGCCCUUCCGCCUAUCAUCGCCACCAACUAUAUAAAAACAAAACUCCACCUAACCCAACCAAAUAACCAAACCAACUAUAUUAAUGGUACAUUGCUAACCUUGGAGCAUUCAAAAAGACAACGUCUAUAAUCCAAAGUACAAAAUAACAGCAGAAAGCAAAACUAAAACUAUAUUUAACAUAACAUGCGCCUAAUAAUAAAUAGCAACAUAUGGUAUUAAUAUAAAUAUUUACUCAGUAGACUUCAGUAUAUGAGUUAAACAUAACCUCAAACAAAAGUAAACUCCCCUGAAAAGAAAAAAAGAACAUAAGCAAUACAACUAGUGCUGUUAACUAAUUUAGUAGUCAAGUCAAGUCAACCUUACGUUACUUAACACCUCCUACUCCAACUUAAACCCACCUACACACACACACACACACAUACAUACAUACAAAUAAACACACACAUACAGGCUUAGAGCUACGGCUAAGCAGUUAAACUAGUGAACUAACAAUAAAAACGCCGCUUAAAAUAAAAGUGAAUUUUAAAUGAACUGCUCAGCAUGUGCAGCGGCUGUUAUGAAUGAGUGAGAGAGAUAGACAUAGACAUAGCGAUAGCGAUAGCAAGGCGAAUUAAGUCAAGGCGACCUUAGCAACAACAACGAAAAGCAAUUAUUUUUGUUUAUGUGUACGUAUGUAUAUGUCGUGUAAUUGCGCUUGUAUUAGUUAAUGCCAAAAAUCGAAAACGGAAGUUGCUGACUGAGCGACAGACAGCAACAAUAAGCACCAAAGAGCAAGCGAGAGCGCACAAACGAAAGAAAGAGAAAGAGAGAGAGAGAGAGAGAGGCAAGGUGUAGGAGCAUGACAAGGCCUGACAACAACAACAAGAACAAGAACAACAACAGCUGAAUAAAGCAACAACAAAUAUAUGAAGGCAGCUGAACUGAGUUUGUAUGCGUGCGAAAGUUUUAAGCAGCAACAACUAGAACUACAAUAAAAGCAGCAACAGCAACAGCAGCCGCAGCAGCAGCGGGCGGCGCCUUAUUACAUGUGGAGCAGCGACUACUAAUGGUGCUGGCAUUUGCGUUGGCAGUUUUGCUGGCUGUUGUCGGUGUUGUCAUAAAAAAAUGCACGUCAAACACACACAGCGACGUGUCAGCGGUCCUGGAGCAUUUGGCACAUUUACCAACGAUCAACGCGCUAGCCGUGACAACUUGUAUCCGGACGACCAGCAGCAGCAGCAGCAGCAGCAUCACCGCCACUCCCACUCGCAUCAGCAUCUGGUGCGGCAGUCCCUGAUAAGCCUCGCGUACGCGCCGCCAGGCCACGCGCAGUCCACAGCGGCAGCAGCGGUAGGCGCCGCGUACUCACAGUCCUCCACCUCGGCGUCGGCGUCGGUGCGCAACAGUCCAAGUCCCAGUCCGGCGGCGGAACAGCACAGCUGCAGCAGCAGCAGCGUUGGCGUUGGCGUUGUUGCCCGCAGCCGACGUGAGCCGCCCGACGAUAGCGUUUCGCUGCUGCGAGGCGGCGUUGGCGGCCACUCGGCGCUCUAUGAUGCCUGCCAUGAGUACACGCGCAGUCUAAGUGCAGCCACAGCCAGCAGCGAGCAGCAGUCGUCGGCAGCGAGCGUUGCAGCAGCAGCGGCGGCGGCUGGGCAGCUUAAGAGCCACUACAGCGAGCAGCACUUGGCCGAGCCGCACUUUACCAAUCUCAAUUUGAAUCUCAACAGCGACUAUGACACGGGCAGCGACAAGCAGCAGCUGGUGAAUCAGACCUACAUCUUCAAGUGCAUUGCCAACAGUCCCUCCUUUCUGCGCACCAACAAGAUCAAGGAGCAGUCCAAGAAGCUGCGCAAUCUCUCGCUGAAAACACGCACGGCCAAGAAGAAGGGCCAGAUUAUAUCCAAGUCGAACGCCGUAUCCGAUAAUUCGCUGCAUCCGGGUGACAAGUAUCUGAACUUGUAUUUGGUGGAGAAGAAGCAUUCGCUGCAGCCGCAGCCCGGCGCCAAUACAAGCGCCAGCUGCUCCAGUUCCACCUCAGCACAAGCAGCGGCGGCAGCAGCAGCAGCAGCAACCAGCAGCACACGGCAGCAACAGUUGCCGGCGCUAUCGGCAGUUGCAGCGCGUCAGCAGCAGCUGCUGUUGAACGGCUCGCUAAAAAGCAAAACGAAAACCUUUCCAGCCUAUCGUGCCUCUGUGCGCAGCGAGUCCUCCGACGACAAGGAGUAUCGUGCAGCAGCUGGAGUCGCUGGAGCUGGCAGCCACACCAUACCGACAACGGGCAAAAGUCCGCCGGUGCCGCAUUCGCUGGCGGCGAAGAUCAGCGGCAAGAAUUGCAACGCCAACAGCAACAACAGCAGCAGCACCACCAGCGGCGGCAACAACAAGCUCAGCGUCAGCAGCAAUUCGUGCCACAAGCUGCAUGCGCAUGGUCACGGCGCACCCGCGACGUAUACGCAACAUCUGGCUUCAUCGCCCAAGAGCUCCGUCUCCAGCAACGGCCAUCUGAACAAAUACUGCCUGACGGAUCUCACACGCCGCAAAGCCGAAUUCAAUCGCCAGCUCAGCGCGCCCACAGACUACACCCAUCACUCGUCCAGCAACGGCUCACAGCAGGGCUCCGAGGCGGCCAAUGAGGCUGUGGGCGAGUCCACCAUCACAGUAGCCAGCGCCGGUGUGCUCGGACUCGGACAGCACGCCCAUCAGCACGCCCACAGUCACAGUUACAGUCACGGCGCCCACGUGCAUGCGCACGGACAGGCCUCCACUGCGCCCGCCACCCUCAAGUCGCUGCAGUUGCACAACUUUGGUGUACACCACCCACGACCCACGUCCACGUCGUGCACCAAUAGCUUCAAUCGACGCCACAUACGUCGCCACAAAAGCAAACUAAGCGAACGCUUAUUGAACGGCGAUAGCGAGGAAUCAGUACGCUGCUCAUAUUGCUCGAUCUUGAAUGUGAAUGAGAACGACUUGCGUAUAUCAUUUGAGAACACCUGCACCGACUCGCUGGUCACCGCUUUUGAUGAUGAGGCACUGCUAAUAUGCGACCAAGGAACCGAAAUGGCAAGAGCAAAGGUACACUUUGAUGAUGUGUCGUUGUACGGCACUCCGAAAGAGGAGCCAAUGCCUAACAUACCUAUAGUCUCGGAAAAAGUAUCGGCGAAUUUCCUAAAGAGUCAAUUGCAAUCAUGGUUCCAGCCCACAGACAAUCGUCUGGCCAUGAAAUUAUUUGGCAGCCGCAAGGCGUUGGUCAAAGAGCGUAUACGUCAGAAAACUUCCGGACAUUGGGUAAUACACCCGUGCAGUUCAUUCAGGUUUUACUGGGACCUUUGCAUGCUUUUAUUAUUAGUAGCAAAUCUUAUUAUCCUGCCAGUCGCAAUAUCAUUCUUCAACGAUGAUCUGAGCACACGAUGGAUUGCCUUCAACUGCCUAAGUGAUACUAUUUUUUUAAUAGAUAUUGUAGUCAAUUUUAGAACAGGAAUUAUGCAACAAGACAACGCUGAACAAGUAAUAUUGGAUCCAAAGCUUAUAGCUAAACACUAUUUAAGAACUUGGUUUUUUCUGGAUUUGAUUUCGUCAAUACCGUUAGAUUAUAUAUUUUUAAUUUUCAAUCAAAUUAUGAAAUUGCAGGAUUUCUCUGAUUCUUUUCAAAUCUUGCAUGCAGGACGCGCUUUGCGCAUCCUACGUCUAGCUAAAUUAUUAUCCUUAGUUCGCCUGCUGCGCCUGUCCCGCCUCGUGCGCUAUGUAUCGCAAUGGGAGGAGGUCUAUAUUCUGCAGAAUCUACAGAAAAAAAGUGCUGAUCGCAGAGGGAGAAUGCACAGAAAAGACAAAGAUGGCUUGACAAAAAGCAACCUAAUUCUCAAGUUCCUCAAUAUGGCCUCGGUAUUUAUGAGGAUCUUCAAUUUAAUUUGCAUGAUGCUCUUAAUCGGACACUGGAGCGGUUGUCUACAGUUCUUAGUGCCAAUGUUACAGGGUUUUCCAUCAAAUUCCUGGGUAUCCAUCAAUGAAUUACAGGAAUCAUAUUGGCUGGAACAGUAUUCAUGGGCAUUGUUUAAAGCCAUGUCACAUAUGCUGUGCAUAGGUUAUGGCAGAUUUCCACCACAAUCAUUGACGGAUAUGUGGCUAACGAUGCUAUCAAUGAUAUCGGGCGCCACAUGCUAUGCAUUGUUCCUUGGUCAUGCGACCAAUCUUAUACAGAGCUUGGACUCCAGCAGGCGGCAGUAUCGCGAGAAAGUCAAACAGGUGGAGGAGUAUAUGGCCUAUCGCAAGUUACCGCGAGAUAUGCGGCAACGCAUUACGGAAUAUUUCGAACAUCGGUACCAGGGUAAAUUCUUCGAUGAAGAGUUGAUACUUGGCGAGUUGAGCGAGAAAUUGCGCGAGGAUGUCAUCAACUAUAAUUGCAGGUCCCUCGUGGCUUCAGUGCCUUUUUUUGCUAAUGCCGAUUCGAAUUUUGUUUCUGACGUAGUUACCAAACUGAAAUACGAAGUUUUCCAACCAGGUGAUAUUAUCAUAAAGGAGGGCACCAUCGGUACCAAGAUGUACUUCAUACAGGAGGGUGUGGUAGACAUUGUCAUGGCAAACGGCGAGGUGGCCACCUCGCUAUCGGAUGGCUCUUACUUUGGUGAGAUCUGUUUGCUGACAAAUGCGCGUCGUGUGGCCAGCGUGCGAGCCGAAACCUAUUGCAAUCUAUUCUCAUUGAGCGUGGAUCAUUUCAAUUGCGUUCUGGAUCAGUAUCCGUUGAUGCGCAAGACCAUGGAAACUGUAGCUGCAGAGCGCUUAAAUAAAAUUGGCAAAAAUCCAAAUAUAAUGCAACAAAAGGAUGAGCAGCUUAGCAAUCCAGAAUCGAAUACAAUUACGGCAGUGGUUAAUGCACUAGCCGCCGAAGCGGAUGAUUGCAAAGAUGAUGACAUGGAUCUCAAGGAGAAUUUAUUGCAUGGGUCAGAGUCGAGCAUUGCUGAGCCGGUUCAAACGAUACGCGAGGGUCUACCCAGGCCCAGAAGCGGCGAGUUUCGUGCUCUCUUCGAGGGCAAUACUCCAUGACACUGAGGCAUCCUAAAUAGCCCAGCUACCAUCUGAAAGCUUAUUAGCUGGCAGCACACACACUUACACACACACACACACACUACACUUAACACACACAUGCGUAUAUAAUAAUUAGAAAAAAAAACCCUUUAAAAAAUGCGAUAAAACGUACACUAAAAUGAAGAAUCAAUUUAUGGUAGUCUACAUACGUAUUAUAUAUGCAAUUGCGAUUUAGUAGAAAAAAUGACAACAAAAAAAAAAA